CGUGGGCCAGACCAGCCGAACCCACCAAGCGGCAUCUUCUUCCUUCCGCCCCGGCCCCCGAUCCUCCCUCCGACCACUGCUUCCUCCCACCUGCGGAGACGGAACCCUAAAAAAUUUCUUCUUCCCCUUCUCGUCCGGGCAGCGGAAGGAGCUCUAAGCCAGAAGAAGCAUCAUGCCUAAGAUAAAAACAAGUGGUGUGAAAUAUCCCGAUGGGUGGGAGCUUAUAGAACCCACCCUCUCAGAGCUCCAUUCCAAGAUGAGAGAAGCUGAGAAUGAUCCGCAUGAUGGGAGAAGGAAGUGCGAGGCACUGUGGCCCAUCUUCAAGAUCAAUCACCAGAGGAGCCGAUAUCUUUAUGACCUAUACUACAACAGGAAGGAGAUAUCCCAGGAGUUGUAUGAGUUCUGCCUUGACCAGGGACAUGCUGACCGUAACCUCAUCGCCAAAUGGAAGAAGCAAGGCUAUGAGCGUCUCUGCUGCCUGCGCUGUAUCCAGACACGAGACCACAACUUUGCGACCACCUGUGUUUGCAGGGUUCCUAAGCACCUAAGGGAAGAACAGGUGAUAGAGUGUGUCCACUGUGGUUGCAAAGGUUGUGCUAGUGGUGACUAAGUAUCCACUAUUGGGAUUACUUUUCAAGUUACAUCAGGAGCAAGUUGAUGAAUGUAAACUGAAUAACUGAUGUAGUGAUAUCUCUGAUGUACUUGGAAAAAUGCCUAGCCUGUCUAGAGAGUAGACUGAAUGUACUCGUAAGAUGAUGGAUGUGGUAAUGUGAAAAAAACUUGAGUUCUUCUACCACUUCUAUCUUAUCUUAUUUCCAUUCCUUCUUUUUUCA